CUCCCGCCGGAGCCCGGCGCGGGCAGGGUCGGGGCCGAUGGGCAGCCCCGGGCAGCGGUGGGCAGCGAGGCGGCGGCCCCGGUUUGCGCCGCCGCGGGCUCGCGGGCUGUAGCAGGUCCCGGCGGACUGCGUCUCCGAGUUCAGGUGAAGGAAAUGCGGCCAGAUGUCUUAAAGGAUGCUUUUGAAAAGGACGGAGGUGCACAAAAUUAUUACAACAGCUGAGAAACAAGUGGGUUUCAGAGACACCAUACUCUGAAGAUGUUGUUUGCUUUUGGUUAAGAAGAGAAACCACAGCUGUAGAAGAAGCCUUGGUGAGUAACAAUGUCGUUAGACUUACACCUGUCCUCCUCGUGAGACUUGGAGCGUCUCGGCUGGGGAGACAUGAGUGAUCCCAGGCAGUCACAAGAAGAGAAGCACAAGCUUGGCAGAGCCUCUUCCAAGUUCAAGGAUCCUCCCAGGAUCAUGCAGUCCGAUGAUUAUUUUGCUCGAAAAUUUAAAGCCCUUAAUGGCAACAUGGGACCCGCCGCCUCUCUGAAUGCCCCGAGUUCCAGCGAGAGCGGCGGUCCGGCUAAUGGUACCCCAGCCAUGCCCAAGAUGGGUGUGAGAGCGAGAGUGUCCGAGUGGCCUCCUAAAAAGGACUGCUCCAAGGAGCUGCCCUGCAAGACCCUGUGGGAGAGCCGGUCUCAGACCAGCUACGAAAGCGUCACGUCCAUCAUGCACAAUGGGCAGAAUGACCAGAGUGAUGGCCAGCCAGAGGCGCAGCUUGACCUAGACUUCGUGGAGGACAAGUACACAAUGGGAGACAUCUUCGUUCACUCGCCUCAAAGGGGACUUCACCCCAUAAGACAGAGGAGCAAUAGUGACGUCACCAUCAGUGACAUCGACGCCGAAGAUGUCUUAGACCAAAACGCGGUGAACCCCAACACCGGGGCCGCCCUCCACAGGGAGUACGGGAGCACGUCUUCCAUCGACCGGCAGGGCUUGUCCGGGGAAAACUUCUUCGCUAUGCUCCGGGGGUACCGGGUGGAGAACUACGACCACAAGGCGAUGGCCCCUUUCGGGUUCCCCGAGUUCUUCCCCUGCGAUCCUGCGAUCUCUCCCAGCCUCCACGCGGCGGCACAGAUCUCGCGAGGAGAAUUCGUCCGCAUCUCAGGCUUAGACUAUGUGGACAGUGCCCUCCUAAUGGGGAGAGACAGGGACAGGCCGUUCAAACGGAGGUUGAAGUCGGAGUCGGUGGAAACGUCCCUCUUCCGAAAGCUGCGGACCGUUAAAAGCGAACACGAGACCUUCAGGUUCACCUCCGACCCGGAGGACGGCCGCCUGGAGAGGGGCGUCCGCCCUUGGCACUGUCAGCGCUGCUUUGCACAUUACGACGUCCAGAGCAUUUUGUUUAACAUCAACGAAGCCAUGGCGACGCGGGCCAAGGUGGGGAAGAGGAAGAACAUCACCACCGGCGCGUCGGCGGCCUCGCAGACCCAGGUGCCGGCGGGCCAGGCGGGCGGCUGCGAGUCCCCGCUGGGGAGCAAGGAGGACCUCAACUCCAAGGAGAACCUGGACGCCGACGAGGGCGACGGCAAGAGCAACGAGCUGGUCCUCAGCUGCCCGUACUUCCGGAACGAGACGGGGGGCGAGGGCGACAGGAGGAUCGCCCUCUGCAGGGCCAGCUCGUCCUCCUUCAGCUCCGGGGAGAGCUGCUCCUUCGAGUCGUCGCUCAGCUCCCACUGCACCAACGCGGGGGUGUCGGUCCUGGAGGUGCCCAGGGAGAACCAGCCCAUCCACCGGGAGAAGGUGAAGCGCUACAUCAUAGAGCACAUCGACCUGGGCGCUUACUACUACCGCAAGUUCUUCUACGGCAAAGAGCACCAGAACUACUUUGGGAUGGACGAGAACCUUGGCCCUGUGGCAGUCAGCAUCCGGAGGGAGAAGGUGGAGGACCCCAAGGAGAAGGAAGGGUCCCAGUUCAACUACCGGGUGGCUUUCAGGACGAGCGAGCUAACAACACUGAGAGGAGGAAUUUUAGAAGAUGCCAUCCCUUCUACGGCAAGGCAUGGCACCGCACGGGGACUGCCCCUCAAAGAGGUUCUGGAAUAUGUCAUUCCUGAGCUGAGCAUCCAGUGCCUGAGACAGGCUUCCAACUCUCCCAAGGUCUCGGAGCAGCUGCUCAAGCUCGAUGAACAAGGACUGAGCUUUCAGCACAAGAUUGGGGUCCUCUAUUGCAAAGCAGGCCAGAGCACAGAGGAGGAAAUGUACAACAACGAGACAGCGGGUCCGGCUUUUGAAGAAUUCCUUGAUCUUCUGGGCCAGAGGGUGCGGCUGAAAGGAUUCAGCAAAUACCGAGCGCAGCUAGACAAUAAAACGGAUUCUACGGGGACGCACUCCCUCUACACCACGUACAAAGAUUACGAACUCAUGUUCCACGUGUCCACCAUGCUCCCCCACAUGCCCAACAACAGACAGCAGCUCCUGAGGAAGAGGCACAUAGGGAACGACAUCGUGACCAUCAUCUUCCAGGAGCCCGGGGCACUUCCUUUCACUCCAAAGAGCGUCCGGUCCCAUUUUCAGCACGUCUUCGUCAUCGUCAAGGCGCACAAUCCGUGCACCGACAACGUGUGCUACAGUGUUGGCGUUUCCAGAUCAAAAGAUGUGCCCCCGUUUGGUCCACCAAUUCCCAAAGGCGUUACUUUUCCAAAGUCAGCGGUAUUUCGGGACUUCCUCUUAGCCAAAGUCAUCAAUGCAGAGAAUGCAGCCCACAAAUCUGAAAAGUUUCGAGCCAUGGCCACGCGAACGAGGCAGGAGUACUUGAAAGAUCUGGCGGAGAACUUUGUCACCACCGCCACCGUGGAUACCUCUGUGAAGUUCAGCUUCAUCACCCUGGGGGCCAAGAAAAAGGAGAAGGUCAAGCCCAGGAAGGAUGCCCACCUGUUCAGCAUCGGAGCGAUCAUGUGGCACGUCAUAGCGCGGGACUUCGGCCAGUCCGCCGACAUCGAAUGUCUCCUUGGGAUUUCCAAUGAGUUCGUAAUGUUGAUCGAGAAGGAUUCCAAGAAUGUGGUCUUUAACUGCUCCUGCAGGGAUGUCAUCGGAUGGACAUCUGGAUUAAUGAGUAUCAAAGUGUUUUACGAGCGAGGAGAAUGCAUCCUCCUGUCCUCGGUGGAUAACUGUGCGGAAGACAUGCGGGAGGUUGUUCAGCGGUUGGGAAUCAUGACCCGAGGCUGCGAGACCGUGGAAAUGACCCUGAGGAGGAAUGGGCUGGGCCAGCUUGGCUUCCACGUGAACUUCGAAGGAAUUGUUGCAGAUGUGGAACCUUUUGGUUUUGCAUGGAAGGCCGGCCUUCGCCAGGGGAGCCGCCUCGUGGAGAUCUGCAAAGUGGCUGUGGCCACGCUGACCCACGAGCAGAUGAUCGACCUUCUCCGGACGUCCGUGACCGUGAAGGUGGUCAUCAUCCAGCCCCACGACGACGGCUCACCCCGGAGAGGGUGUUCGGAGCUCUGCCGGAUCCCCAUGGUGGAGUACAAACUCGACAGCGAGGGCACUCCCUGCGAGUACAAGACCCCCUUCCGGAGGAACACCACGUGGCACCGGGUGCCCACGCCCGCCCUGCAGCCGCUGCCCAGGGCCUCCCCGGUCCCUGGCACGCCCGACCGGCUGCAGUGCCAGCCGCUGCUCCCGCAGAACCAGGCCGCCAUCCCCCGCAGCACCUCCUUCGACCGGAAGCUGCCCGACGGCACGAGAAGUUCGCCCAGCAACCAGUCCUCCUCCAGCGACCCGGGACCCGGCGGGAGCGGACCCUGGAGACCGCAAGUUGGCUAUGACGGGUGCCAGUCUCCCCUGCUGCUCGAGCACCAGGGCUCCGGGCCUCUGGAAUGUGAAGGGGCCAGGGAGCGGGAAGACGCCCUGGAAGGAAGCAGACACCUGGAAACCAAGUGGCAUGGCCCAUCCUCCAAAGUCCUGAGUUCCUAUAAAGAAAGAGCCCUGCAGAAAGACGGAGGCUGCAAAGACUCCCCCAAUAAGCUUUCUCAUAUUGGAGAUAAGAGCUGCUCCAGCCACUCCAGCAGCAACACACUCUCCAGUAACACCUCCAGCAACAGCGAUGACAAGCACUUUGGGUCUGGGGACCUGAUGGACCCCGAGUUGCUGGGGCUGACCUACAUCAAGGGGGCCUCCACGGACAGCGGCAUUGACACAGCCCCAUGCGUGCCCGCCGCCGUCCUCGGCCCCCUGCACCUGGCGGGCGGCAGGGCCCUGGUCCACGGCCGGGCAGAGCAGUGGGCUGACGCCGCCGGCAUCCCGGGGCCCGAUGACGAGCAGGCCAAGAUGUACGCGGUCCACGGCUACGCGCCUGUCUCUGCCGGCGGUGCUGCCGACGGCAGCAUGGGGGACCUCAGCGAGAUCUCCUCCCAUUCCAGUGGUUCCCACCACUCAGGAAGCCCUUCCGCUCACUGUUCUAAAACCAGCGGCUCUCUGGAUACGUCCAAAGUCUACAUCGUGUCGCACAGCAGCGGUCAGCAGAUCCCCGGGUCCAAGCCCUACCACAGGCAAGGGGCGCUGAACAAGUAUGUCAUCGGCUGGAAGAAGUCGGAAGGCAGCCCUCCGCCCGACGAGCCGGGAGUGGCCAAGUGUCCCGGGCUGUUCGGGGAGCUGGGGCUCCUGACCCCAGCAGUGCAGCCGCAGGCGGCGGCGGUGGGAGACGCCGUCGCGGAAACCCAGCACGUUCUGUCGAAGGAGGACUUCCUGAAACUGAUGCUCCCUGACAGCCCCUUAGCGGAGGAGGGGAGAAGAAAGUUUUCGUUCUAUGGGAACCUGUCCCCCCGGCGCUCGCUGUACCGCACCCUCUCUGACGAAAGCGUCUGCAGCAAUCGGAGGGGGUCCUCCUUCGGCAGCUCGCGGAGCUCCAUCCUGGACCAGGCCCUGCCCAACGACAUCCUGUUCAGCACCACCCCGCCCUACCACAGCACGCUGCCCCCCCGGACCCACCCGGCGCCCAGCAUGGGGAGCCUGCGGGAUGAGUUCUGGUUCUCCGAUGGGUCCAUAUCGGAUAAGUCCAAGUGCGCAGAUCCUGGCCUGAUGCCCCUUCCGGACACGGCCACAGGGUUAGAUUGGUCCCACCUCGUGGACGCUGCCCGGGCGUUUGAAGGUCUUGACUCAGAUGAAGAGCUCGGGCUGCCCUGUCACCACCCGUCCUAUCUAGACCAGAGAGUGGCAUCCUUCUGUACCCUGACAGACAUGCGACAGGGACAGGACCUGGAAGGGGCCCCAGAGCUGCCUUUAUGUGUCGAUCCAGGCAGUGGCAAAGACUUCAUGGACACAACUGGGGAGCAGUCUCCAUCCACACUGACGGGUAAAGUCAACCAGCUGGAGCUGAUUCUUCGGCAGCUGCAGACCGACCUUCGCAAGGAGAAGCAGGACAAGGCGGUGCUGCAGGCAGAGGUGCAGCACCUGCGACAGGACAACCUGCGGCUGCAGGAGGAGUCGCAGACGGCCACAGCCCAGCUACGCAAGUUCACCGACUGGUUCUUCAACACCAUCGACAAGAAGCCCUAGCCGGGCCGCCGCCCCGCCAGGGAGCCCCCGGGUGGGGGCCCUGGUGUCCCCUCGCAGUCGCCAACAUGCGGUUUCCAGCUGUGCUUCCAGCCAAUCGUAGCUGUUUGUGCUGUUCCCCUGUCUCGCAGCAUCACCCAGCCGGGUCGGGAGCGCGGAGAGCGGCGCCCCGCAGAGAUGAAUGUAAGGCCGGUGUCAAGGUGAAUGUCAACGCCGGGGCCGGUGUGGACCUUGCCCUUUGAGACGCUGCUGAAUGGAGGUCUGGCAUGGGCUUACCUCACGAGGGAAGACAAUUGGGUUCUAUUUCCUGUGUAUCAGGUGACCCGGGAGAGAUGUUAACCAACUGACCACAGUCUGGGCUUUAGAAUUGUAAAAUAAACGUGAGAACAAAUAAUCAGA